GGACAGCCCGUCCCGCCUCCGCCCUCACCCCCUUGCCAUCCCCAAAGCAAACGAAGCUGAUUGUCUUAGCCGGCCCUGUGGGUGCCGGCCGGGUGGCUAGCCGCAGGCCACAGGCGGAGGUCCCACCCGCCAGGGCCCCGCCGGACACACAGGGCAUUGUCCCUCAGUCAACAGCCCCCGGGCACCUCGGCCCGGCUCCUGGCCUGCCCCCACGCCCCUCGCCGCCAGGCCCAGCCAGCUGGGGGCCCGAGGCUCCCAGCUGAUGACGAGCCCACCCAGCCACCCCCCAGCAGCCCCCUGACGAGCUAUAAUUGCUUCGCUCCUUCCUGUUGCUGCCAUUCUCUUGGCGGAGGCAUCUGGGGUUCCAGGCGGGCGGCAGCUGCUGGCCAACCGCCUGGCUCGCGGGAUGGACUGGCCGCACAACCUGCUGUUCCUUCUGACCGUCUCCAUCUUCCUGGGGCUGGGCCAGCCCAGGAACCCCAAAGGCAAGAGGAAGGGGCCAGGGCGGCCUGGAACGCUGGCUUCUGGGCCUCACCAGGUGCCGCUGGACCUGGUGUCACAGGCGAAGCCGUACGCCCGCAUGGAGGAAUACGAGAGGAACCUCGGGGAGAUGGUAGCCCAGCUGAGGAACAGCUCUGAGCCGGCCAGGAGGAAGUGUGAAGUCAACCUGCAGCUGUGGCUGUCCAACAAGAGGAGCCUGUCGCCCUGGGGCUACAGCAUCAACCACGACCCGAGCCGCAUCCCCGCGGACCUACCGGAGGCGCGGUGCCUGUGUCUGGGCUGCGUGAACCCCUUCACCAUGCAGGAGGACCGCAGCAUGGUGAGCGUGCCUGUGUUCAGCCAGGUGCCCGUGCGCCGCCGCCUCUGCCCGCUGCCACCACGCACGGGGCCCUGCCGCCAGCGUGCGGUCAUGGAGACCAUUGCGGUGGGCUGCACCUGCAUCUUCUGAAUCAGAGCCUACGUGGGGGGGGGGGGGGCGCGGAGACCACCCUCCCUGCGCCCCCGCGCCAAGCCAGGCCAAUGAAAAGUAAACGCUGUCUUUUGUAAAGCGAGACUUUGGGUUGCUCCUUGGGGCUCAGAAGCCGAAACCAGGGUGGGGGAUGGGAGGCUGUUGGGAUGUAGAUUUCAGAUCAAUAAAAAGGGAUAUUCCAUCGCUCA